UAAAGAAAAUAAACAAAACUUUGUGAAAAUGUCAAAUGAUUCGGCAACAAUCGGUGUGUCUUCGUUUAAUUUCGUAAAUUCGGGCAGUGGAUUUUUGGCGGGAAGUCUGUUGUAAGGUUUUUCCUUGAAACAGCAACAAUGCAAUCUCAAGAAGCCUCCCAGUCUUCCCAGCCAGAGAUCUACCAAAGGAGUCUCGAUGAUGUUCACUCCACAAUUGCCCAUGCAAAGUUGGAGGAGAGAAAUUUGACGGAUCUCACCCAGGCACUCUACUUCCCGGAAUCAACGACGGAUGAUUCGUCAAAUUUGAAGCUAUUGGAGCUCAAUCCGCACCUCUUGGAGCACAUAACUGAAGGGAAUACCCUCCUAUUUAAAGGUGGUCUCAAUGAGAAUGUUGUGCUGUGCACAAAGAGCAAGACGUUUGAUUUGAAGGAAGCAGAAGUUUCCAAUAGUAUCUGCCUUGUGCCUUGUUUGAAGUUCGCCGCGGAAACGAGUCAUAGUCCACUGAAGACAAAAUCCACAGGGGCUAACAAUUCCGCCGACAGUAGCCUCGAAGAAGACACCGAAGAUCAUCUCAAUCGUUCAGACAUCACCCUGGAACGAAGGGAUGUGCUCAAAAUCUUCCAGGAAUACUUUGAGGUGCGCGAAAUUCAACCGAGAUUCCGAAAACUUCAUGAUUUGCUGCAAAUGACACGCUAUUCGGGUCCUGAAAAUGAAUACUGUAUCGAGAGGAAGCUUCUUUUCACGCGACAGCAACUCCUAGACACCACCCAAUGCAGUGAGGAGGAAUUUGCUGAAGGAUUGAAGAUCGUACGAGCCAUUGAGAUUGAUCAGUACAUGCGUGUGCUGGAGAUUGAGUACGAAUUUCGUGUGAUUGGCCUCCUCCUUGGGGUGAUUGAUGAAAAUUCUUGGGCUCUGGACGCUGUAGAUCGUGAGGAAUCCAUUGCAGCUCUAUGCGAAAUUAUUCCCGAAGGUAUUCUUCGAGCUGUAUUUGCCCAUUACACCCAUCCAAGUGCCAAUAAUGCGGGAAAAUUCACCUAUAUUGAGGAGAAAGUUUGUCGAAUCAUGGCCAGGAGUAUCCUUAAGCCUGGAUUGAAGUUCUACAUUGAAGAUUUUUUAACCACGUGGCAGGAAACUCUUCCGGAAGGGAUGAAAAUCAAUGAGAAAUACUUACGUGGAAUCGGUGUGAUUGACAGAGACUCCAAAAUGCCCUGCGUUCGUACCCUGCUCGAGACGAGUCUUCCCACAGGUCAGCAAGAACGCUUCCAGGUUCUCUUUCAGGCUAAGCAAUCGUGGACACUGGACGAGAUUGAACCCUACGUGGAGUGCUUUACCACACCAACGGUCACAGUGACGUCUAUCCUCAAUAGAUUUGCCAGAUCAAUGAAUCAAGAUGGGCAGAGGGUCUACCUAUCCAAGCACUGAAUGAAUAUCAAUAAAAGCCUUUUUUUGUUCUCAAGAAAUUCACAAAUUGAUGAUUAAAUUUUAUUUGUAUGAUGGAGAGAUUAUAGAGACAAUAAAUUUCGGAGAUGGUAAGUUAAUUUA